CACUCCCUCCACUGAGUUCCGCGUUGCAGAGCAUUUAAGUCCUGCAGCAUUUCCUCCAACUUCUACUCUCAGGCUUCAGGAGAUCGUCUGUCAUCAUGUCCGACCGAGAAGCCUUCGACACCAACGUGGUCACCAUGACCCGGUUCGUCAUGGAGGAGGGCAGGAAGGCGAAAGGCACCGGAGAGCUUACAACGCUGCUGAACUCAAUGUGCACGGCGGUGAAGGCCAUCUCCUGCGCUGUGCGCAAAGCUGGGAUCGCCCACCUCUAUGGCAUUGCUGGCAGCACCAAUGUUACCGGUGACCAGGUGAAGAAGCUGGAUAUUCUGUCCAAUGAUCUGUUCAUCAACAUGAUCAAGUCAUCUUUUACCACCUGUGUGCUUAUUUCUGAAGAGAAUGAAAACGCCAUCAUUGUAGAGCCAGAAAUGAGGGGUAAAUACAUUGUGUGCUUUGAUCCUUUGGACGGCUCCUCCAACAUCGACUGUCUCGUCUCCAUCGGAACCAUCUUUGCCAUCUACAAAAAGAACACAGAUGAUGAGCCCUGUGAGAAGGACGCCCUGCAGCCUGGAAGGAACCUCGUGGCGGCAGGCUACGCCCUUUACGGCAGCGCCACCAUGAUGGUGAUCUCCACCGGCAACGGAGUCAACUGCUUCAUGCUCGACCCAGCAAUCGGUGAAUUUAUACUGGUUGAUCGGGACGUGAAGAUCAAGAAGCGAGGCAAGAUUUACAGCUUGAAUGAGGGUUACGCAAUGCACUUUGAACCCGCUGUAACAGAGUACCUGCAGAAGAAGAAGUUUCCUCAGGAUGGCACUGAGCCCUACAACGCCCGUUACAUCGGUUCCAUGGUGGCAGACGUCCACCGGACGCUGAUGUAUGGGGGCAUCUUUUUAUACCCAGGAAAUUUGAAGAACCCCAAAGGAAAGCUGCGGCUGCUGUACGAAGGCAACCCCAUGGCCUACAUCAUUGAGCAGGCGGGCGGCAUGGCCUCCACCGGCCUCGAGACCAUCCUGGACAUCCAGCCUGAUGACAUCCAUCAGCGGGCUCCCGUGGCUAUGGGCUCCCCCGAGGACGUCCUGGAGUACAUCGCCAUCUACAAGAAACAUGCCAAGAAGAAGUGAGAGUGCACCGACUCACUCUCACAACCUUCACUAUCCAGCAAAAAAACCUUGUAUCUCCACAAUGUCUGCUUUCACAGGACUCAGGAUGUCGGCCUCCUUUGAGCUUGAUGUAAAUGUAUUUUUGAUAAUGUCUUAUGGAGUUUGAAAUGGAUUAAAACAUUUUGGGGUGUUCUCAGUUAAAACACAAAAAUAACCAAAGUUGGAGUUACAAGGUUUUCAUGUCAUACCAGCAAUAUUUAUGUUUUAUUAAGCUGACGGAUGAUAGACAGAAGGUGGUUCAGUGGAAACAUGGAAGCUCUGGCUUAUAAGCUUAAUAUAAACGCACAUUAACUCACACACAUUCCACAAAACAAAUACCAAAGACCGAAAAUGUGCCAAAAAAACAGACAAAUGCACUUUGAAUAAAUAAAACCUGAAGACUUUUCCUCAAUUUACCUCCAGUUGUGCCUUAUUAGAAUGAACAUGCAUUUUACAUGCGUGAAGGACCAAACACAAACCUCUAUGCAACAAAACUGGAUGCUUUUUUGUUAUGUGAACAAUUACUGUGGUAUGAUGAAGUUUCAAUAAAUUUAAAUGAGAAGAAAAA